ACUUUGUUUUGUUUAUGUGACGAAACGGUCAAGUGUUGGUGUUGUAUUUAUAGUAUUGAGUAUUUGAGUGUUGUUUAAUGUAAUUCACAGAUCAAUGUGAAUCCCAGCAACUGUCCUGGCUGCAAGUCAAAGAAGAGGACGCCGUAAUCUUAUCAACGCAUUGCCUGCCGACCACUGUCGAAACUUAUCAAAUAAGUACGAAAUCAGUAUAUACACGCGUAUGUUAAUAUAUACAUAUAGCGUAGAGAUAUUUGCAACAUACUUAUUAAAAUAUUGAUAAACGUCACGCGCCACAAGGCAGAAAGAAACCAUCGUUAACACGCAGCUUUCUGGCCGCAAAGCAAAAGCAGGCGAGAAUAUGUCCAAUAUGCCAAGAUUGUCAGCGGCGCAGGAGCGCACAAGAGAAUGGUUGGAGGCACAGGAGGAGGACGAUGAACUGGAAUCCAUUGCCGAAUCAUCUGUGGUCGACAGUUUGGAUGAUUACAAAUAUAGUGAGCACACAUAUACCGAGCAAGAAGAUGACGACGAUGACGAUGAUGGCGAAGAAGUCAGCACAAUUGCGCUGGGCACACGAGAAGGCGAUAGCAGAGGCACCAUCAUCAGGGACACAUUGCGGGAUCUGCUGAAUUCGAUCAACAGUAUUCAGACCGUUGGCAAUGUGAACAUCAGCAAUUCGACCAACGUCCACAUUGGCAACGUGACCAACAUUAAUGGCAACAUACAGAUCAUUGCCGAAACGACCACAAACAGCGCACCACGCUCCACACGCAAUACGCAUCGAGUGCGUCGCAAAGUCGCCUCCCCAGGUCCAGACAACGACGAGCAGCAUUCCUCAAAUGUGCCUGAUGAACUGGACGAAGCGGAGGAGCGUGUUAAUGCGAAUGUCUUCAUCUCGCGUCAGAAAUUCAAAAUUCCCAAAGAGCUGUGCUCCAUUGUGCCGCGUCAUUCGUGGCUGGCCCAGAUGCCCAUGGAGGAGCCAGCGAAGCUACAGCUACCUGUUAAAUACGUUGUAAUCUUACACACUGCCACCGAGAGUUCUGAGAAGCGAGCCAUCAAUGUGCGCCUAAUACGCGACAUUCAGUGCUUUCAUAUCGAGAGUCGUGGCUGGAAUGACAUUGCGUAUAAUUUCCUUAUCGGCUGCGAUGGCAAUAUUUACGAGGGUCGCGGCUGGCAAGCGGUUGGCGCUCACACCUUGGGCUACAAUCGGAUUGCAUUGGGCGUUAGUUUUGUGGGCUGUUUUAUGCGUGAGCUGCCCACACAGGAUGCCCUUAACAUGUGCCGCAAUCUGCUUGCCCGCGGUGUUGAGGAUGGUUACAUCGAUCCGGAUUAUCGAUUGAUUUGCCAUUGCCAGUGCAAUUCCACCGAGAGUCCAGGUCGCAUGUUGUUCGAGGAGAUACAAACAUGGCCGCAUUUCUAUAAUAUCGCUCAGGCUGAUGAUUCCUAGAACGUUGUAUGCAGUAGCAGCAACAGAGCAUGACUUAUAUUAUCUGGUGAUUGUCCUGGACCAACUAUACAACUAUUGGCUUUUAGUAUUUAAUUUUGUG